AUUUUUGAGGGUCGUUGUUUAAGCCCCCUUUUGUCUCCCUCUUAGCAACUCCAACCUACCCCCGUUAUCUCUUCAACUCCCCUUAAAGCCCCUCUCUCUUUCUCUGAAUCCCCCGUCUCUGUCUCUCUCUCUUUAAGCCUUUCCUCUCUCUCUAACCCCCUGUCCUCGUUCUCUCUCAGCACCCCCUACCGCUCUCUCUCUCUCUCUCUCUCUAUAAGUCCGUGGGGGAAAACUCCUCCUGUUUAUCUCCCUAACCAGAGGUACUCUCUCUCUCUUCCUGUAAGCCCCCUCCCCCCUCUAAGCCCCUCUGGAAAUUUUCCUCUGCUCAUCUCCUACUUACUUCUUGAGUCAGGGCAAGAUGUUCUUCCACAUAAAUUUGGAGCGUAACAUGCAGUUGCAUCCUCGACACUUUGGUCCCCACCUAAGAGACAAGCUUAUUGCCAAGCUCAUGAAAGAUGUCGAAGGUACUUGCAGUGGUCGGCAUGGCUUUGUUGUGGCGAUAACUGGAGUUGAUAACAUUGGUAAAGGGCUGAUUCGAGAUGGGACUGGGUUCGUCACAUUCCCAGUUAAAUAUCAAUGUGUGGUUUUUAGACCAUUCAAGGGGGAGAUCCUUGAAGCAGNAGUUCGCAUGGUAACUUGGAAAAUUUUGUGAUAUGUGCAGAUGGGUUUUUUUGCUGAAGCAGGGCCUGUGCAGAUUUUUGUUUCAAAUCAUCUUAUUCCUGAUGAUAUGGAAUUUCAAUCUGGAGACGUGCCCAACUAUAUGACGUCAGAUGGAUCGGUCAAGAUUCAAAAGGAUAGUGAAGUGCGGCUGAAGAUUAUCGGGACACGUGUUGAUGCUACAGAAAUAUUCUGCAUCGGUACCAUAAAGGAUGAUUUCUUGGGAGUUAUAAAUGAUCCAGGCGCAACCGCAUAGAAGCCCUUUUCAAGUAUCCAACUCUAUAUGGAAUUUGAUAUUUGAUCAAAUGAAUGACACAGAAAUGUCAUAUUGGUAGGAUUUCUGUCAACUUUGGUUGGCAUGUUCUGCAACUUUUGCAUGAGGGUUGAUGAUGCUGAAAUGCAAGUGUUCUUGGGUUCUCACUUAUGAAGCAAGUGCAAGUCAUGAUAUGGGUUUUCAAAUCUGAUCACAGGUUUUAUGAUGCCAGGUUAUAGAAUCUGAGCAUGGCUUUCCUCAGUUUAUGGACAACCAAUUUGAGAAACUACUCACCAAUUGAAAUUCUUGGGCUUUGGGUUUUAUAAUAGUUCAUCCUUUUGGACAAGAGUCUAAUUUUCUAAUGUGUUUCAAAGCAAAUUUGACAUAUCAAGGUCAUAAACAGUGUUUUGUUUAUAAUUAUCAAAGUAUUGGGAGGAUCUUGAGGCAAAAUGCACUAUCUUAGCUACAGCUUGUGAAUGCCAUUGUAACUUAUCAGAUUCGGACAAUCGUGCUAUUCUUAUGAUCAUAUUUUGGGUUCUUUUUAA